CGCAAGUAAAAAGUGUUCAUGCUAGACGAUGGUCAAAGAGGUGGACGAGUCGGCGCCGCCCCCUGCGCCGCCACUGUCGCCUCCUCCGGUGAUCGAGACAACGACGAUCGGCAAAUACAUCGCACGCUUCCGCUAUGAAAAGCCGCUGCCCCGCGAGGCUCGUGCGGCUGCUCAACAGAGCGACUUCUGGUGGACCAAAUCUCCUCGAUAUUCGCGCAGUCCGUCACCUCCGUCUACGUGGGCAUCAGGUGGCGUCUUUGCUUUCCCGAACGAGGAUAGCGAUGAAGAGGGUGACAGAUUAGAAGCUAAAACGGAGGAGGAGCCUGAUAGUCCAGCAGAAGACGAUAGAGAGAGCGUCGACAGUAUCGAGAGCAAGUUGCGACAGCGUUUGGGCCUCUGGAGCAGCAAGUCAAGCCAAGUAACUAGGAAAGAAUCCAGUCCUGCAAGGCCACUGGAAGUUUUGCAGUCCUGGGUCUCUAUGGACUGGGGAUCGGUGGAUUUAGAGGAGAUGGAGGAGGACAAUGAGGACCCAGAGGAGGUUAUUGAGAGGGUACGCAGACGUCUCGGGUGGGGUGCAACGACGCCGGGAAUAAGUUCGUCUACUGUGGCAAAACUAAAGCCUAUUGAGUUCAGGUUGUCACUUGGUGCGACGGGCAGUAGAGACCCUAAUCGAAGACAAUUAGGGAUGAAACCUCCGCUGUCACCGGGUUUUAUGGUAGGGACAGCUUCGGAUAGUGCUGAUAACAGGUCGAUAUUAAGUCAGGAGUCCAUGGGGAGAGAACGAGGUAAUGGUAGUGGGCGGUUUGAGGAGGUGUCAUCGAUAGGCAGGGCUGAUGAGAAAGACCCAUCAGUAGUGAAUGGAAAGGAAGACGAAAAGCAAUCGCCGGUUGAUGAACAAGAAGAGAAGAUAUCUGUACACGGCGAAAAUGUGAGCUUAGUGAAAGCAAAUGUGGAUCGAAGCGUGCACGGCGCAUUGCCGUCUGCAGAUAUUGCAGCUGAAAGACUGCGAUCGAGCAGCUCGUCGGUAGAUUCACACACCUCACAGACAUCCGAACCACGUGACAAUACAUUGGUCAUGCCGACGAAUGAAGAUAUCGGGGACGCUCCUAGCACGUCGCCCCUCUUGGGUACAUCUGAGAAGCUGGAAGCAGAAACGCAGACACCGAACCAAGAAUCGGAGCACGACGCGGCUGAUGCUGUAGCAGAGCCUCCACUUCUACCGACAGCAAGUCCAGUAAGACCUGAUGUAUCUCCAGAAUUGGUCUUGCCGCCAUCAAACGUCAAUGCAUCUGAGCGUUCUCAAAAUUCGAGUUCGUCGGACACGAAAGAGGAAUUGACUCCAACUGAAACAACGAAAACGCUCGACAACCUCGUCAGUUUAGUGGUGCAUUCAUGGGGAAACGAUUUCUUCUCGACAUCUGAGAGCAAGGAAGGUGAACCCACAGACACGCGAGAACAAGUCACUGAAUCAAGAGAGGAUUCAAAUGGCAGCAAUGAAGAUAGGGACCCUAUCACUAUGGAGAACACUGGGCAAAAGCAGCCCGACCCAGACACUGAGGAAAAAGAAGACGUAGUGGUUCCAGGGGAAGAAGACGAUCAAAUCGUCCAAAUGCUUCUCGGGCGCAUUGCGCUGCUUGAAGAAGCAUUACAUCAGAUUGACAGUUGAGAACUACCUGCUUGUAUUCCCUUCUUUACCCUCACUCGUUUCUCCAAAUGAGUCCCCUCUUCUCGGUCUCACGCACUGGCACAAUCUCCUUUCGAGUAACAAAUUUCUUGACAGGUGGAGUCAAGAUAUUCGACGUUGAUGGGAACAAGAAGUCCUGUGGUUUACCCGAUAAGGCGUCAGUCGCCACAAACUGGUUGUUGUCUGAAGGACGGAGAGUGCUCGCGAACGUGGCAGCAACGCAGCCAACGUAUUUCUCGUGGUUAUGAAUCGUGACGGGUGUCUUUUCCAAUGGCACGCGCUUCCCGCUGGGCAAUGUGGCGUUCUUGACGAUACGAAUAGGCUUGGAAUGGGCUGGACCUCUCAGGAUGUCGGAGAUUUUAUCGAGCUGAGACGGUUUAUCCCGAGGCUGACUGCAGAUGCUACCGUGGGCGAGGAACUUGAGUUGCUUCUUGUCCACGACAAGUCGACGUUCCCACUCGUCUUGCUCCUUCUUAAGCGCUUCUUCCAUCUCGAGACGGAGGCCUUCGCCGCACAGAUGGACACUUCGGAAGUAGUCGGGAUUCACUGUGCCGUCUCCGUUGGUUCCGCCGAAUACCAUGUCCUUGGAGGGCAAUGUGGAGAAUUCUGGGCACUUUCUACUGCCAGGUUCGCUCGAGUCUCUGGAAACUGGCUUUGGAUGGUUGAUAUUAUCAACAAAUGGCUGUCUGAGGUCUUCGCAGCGAGCUUCACUGGGAGCGUUGGGGUGUUUCUUGUACUCACUUGGCUGUCGAGGCGCUGGGUAGAUGAAUCCACGCUGAGUCGUCCACUUUUUGCGGUUCUCCUGUUCUUCAGUCUGCCGUAGCGCUUCUGGAUUGACCAUGCUGAGUGCAAGCGACUGGAAGUCACGACUGUAUGUGUACGUGGCGUGACGAUUUUUAGACAAUUGUUCGCGCAGCUUAUCUUGGAGGAUGUCUUGGGUCUAAACAAGAGCAGAGACGAGCGUAAGUUUGCUCCCAGUAUGGCAAUUGAUACAGUGAUGUAUACUUACCCGAAGCUUUUGGCCGCUGUAGAGAUAAACUGGUCCUUGCAAGGUGUCUUCAAGCAUUUCAGCCUGUUUUCUCUCGGCAUAUUCGGCCUGAAGGAGCUCCGCGUGCUUUUUGCGUUCCAAGAGGAAGUUUUUAUCUACUCGAUUCCGUCGGGACUGCUCGAAGCUGGCAUUUGUUGAGUCUGUGGGUGCUUUCAACUUAUUGGUAUGGUGUCGAGUGGAUCCAGUUGGGUUCUUUAUUUCUUCUUGUGAAGAAGUGCGCUCUCCUGUGUUAUUCGUCUCUGACUUAGAGGAUUCAUUCCUUGUUCCGUGGAUAUCUUCCAGUGUGAUGCUCUCUCCAUACUUGCUCUCAACUUCGAGCAACAUUUGCGCUGUGGGGAAGAGAUCCAGGUGUUUCACUUCAAUAAGACGCUGGAUUUUGCGCAUAUCUGCGAGACGAGCUAGAGCCUGGUGACAGUUUUCAGAGACUUUGGCUCGCAUGUAAAUGUCCGGUGUUUUCAUGAGCACAGAGAGCGGAUAACGAAGUUUGAUCCGCUUCAAAUCGAUCUCGAAGACGGUGUACAGUCGUCGUGUGAACCGGAGCUCUUCAUUGCAGAACAUACGGUAUCCUACCGGGUCGUUUGGGCCCUUGCGUUGAAGCUGCUCAUGCAAAUAUUUCAUGCCUUUAUCUGCAAGACCUUCCACGAUGAUCAUGCGAUAUUGGCUGUCGAUGAUUUGAGUCCCCGUGAUGACGUCCAAGGCUCCAGUUUCGCAGUCCAUCUUCUCAGAUUCCGUCAUUUGAUACGAGCGAAUCGGGACACCAGGAAGUGCCUGCAAGUUGACGGUCGUCAUGGCUUUUGUCACCUCUCCAAGUGUAGCGUUGUCUUUGUAAGGAAUGAUCACGGCCAUCCUAGAGAAUUUCAAGGCAGUCUUGGCAUCUUCGGGGGAUGGAAUCUCAGUGUCGAUCGGCGUGGUUUGCACCCCAACUGAAUCUGUGCCGACUGUUUCGAUUGGAGAUUGUAGCACUACAUUGAUACUGAGUGAGGCACCAGUGGAGAUAUAGGCACCAGGCUCACGAAUGACUUUCUCUAGUGGUGACAAGUCAACUGUUGCUGGGAGCUCGCUUUCUUCACUCAACGUGGCAGUUCCAAGUGGACUCGCACGCCGCUUCUUGGAGAUAAUGUCUGUUGUGAGCUUUAGAGUCAUGUACGGUCUGUCACUGUCCGCUUGCAUCCCACCCAUCCACUGCUUUGCCGUGUUGAGAAGCUCCGUAAGGCGAAAAGUGCCCAGUCCGUAUGGAAACAGUCGACCGGAAUUUGCGAGCAUUAGUCUCCAAUCACUACGCGCAAUUUCGUCCACUUCUGGCAGGUCCAUCGGUUUAGCUGCUGUGGGGGCAGGACUUCCAGGGUCUGCGUCGCUGCGAGGUGUGCUACGAGACGUGAUCGGGUUAAAUUGCUGUUGCUCGCCAGGAUCCACGCCUGUGGUGUACAAACUCUCCCACUUUAACUGGAAUCGUGCCAGUGUUCCCUCCUGCUUUAAGUCUCUAUCUCGAAUCUCCACGGUAAGCGCUCCAAAUCGAAUGGCAUCAAUGAGUUCCAAGGGGUUGAAGCGACCACAGAGCAGCGUCAAGCUCGAGUUCCAUCGUAUCGUAUCGCUCUUGACAUGACAACAUGGAGUUAGAGAGGCAAUUGGUGAAUUGGAAGUAACUAUCGCUUACCUGGCGCUGUCCUGGAGUCAACAAAAGCCGGGGUACAGAGUGACGAGAUCUGGGAGUGGAGGAAUUCGUUGCUACGCUAUGGAGCUGAUCUUGGAAGAAAUGUAUCAAAGCGAAGGCUGGUUUGCAGUAGCGAUGAAGAGGUGAGUGUGGCGAUCUCGUUCCGAUCCCUUGGCUCACUGCUCCAGGCAAUCGACGUCCCGUUCCGAUAGUGAUCGUGAUAGGGUUAAGUUUUUUCAGUAGUCCUCCUGUCAGCAAUGGUUGAUCUACAGUAACCUGGAUGGAGAGGUAUUUAAGACCAGAUGUUGACGGUAUCAAGCAGAGACUUUGGGUAGGCAGUUGUGUCUCGUUCCCAGACUGGACGUUGCCGGUCCACACCUGCUUGAUGCGAAGUGCACCUGAGAGCAGACUACUGACGUCCAUUUCGUAGAUCCCUGCAAACGCUUUUGGAGUAAAUUCAACUGGUAAACUCGGUACUGGUGCAGCUGCGGCGGGUGCUUUUGCAGUAGAAGGCUUAACUUCCUUCCCCUGUGUACGUGGAGUGGUUCCAGUAUUCGCGAGACCAGGGUGAUCAAACAGAAAAAAUGACAAAAUUGGGUCUUCAUCUACAGCCAUCGCGAGUGACUCGGAGACUGCAACAUCAGGAUAACUCUGCUCAAAGCGGAAACAUUCUGAAGAUUCCGAUGCCUCAUUGUCUUGAAGUCGUGUCCAUCCAUGGCCAGAGCCAAUGGCACUCGUCUGCUUUCUGGAGCCAUCAAGGAAGCGAAAGCGGAAGCCUGGUGCUUCAAACGCUCCAUGUUCCACUGCGGCAUCAAUCUGCACUGUGAAUGUGCAUCUACGCAGUCCAGAUGGAUCCACCUCGUCGCUUUUAAUGACACCUUCAGCUCGCUUCAUUAAGAUAUUGCAAUUGAAACCAAGAUGGAAGGCCAAAUGCACAUUGCGUUUGAACGCUUUUAUCCACAACAGAAGGCAGGAAUACCUAUAUGUAGACAUGCGACGAAGCAGGAAGCCGCUUGACUGGAAGUACUGUUACGCAGCGGAAACGCACAAUGCAUACUCGUCAUGGGUCUUUAUAUCGAUAUAUUAGAGUUAGUAUUAAUGUUUUGUGUCAAUCUUCAUACACGUACGUUGAGUAACUCGCGUAGGGAG